AUGUAUAUGGAUUUCAUGAAUGAAUAUCUAUCACCAACGAAUAAUGAGAUUCCCAAAUUCCCACACUAUUUCAUUCCACAUCAGUGUGUCUUGCGACCGCAAAGCACAAGUACUAAGCUUCGUGUAGUUUUUGAUGCAUCAUGUAAAAUGCCUACUCAAGUUUCUCUUAAUGCCAUCUUGAUGGUUGGGCCAACCAUUCAAGAGGAGCUGUUUUCGACAUUGCUCCGUUUUCGCACUCGUAAAUAUGCCAUUACAGCUAAUAUUGCGAAAAUGUACCGGCAAUUUCUCAUUGCUGAAGAGCAUUCGAUUUACCAGCUCAUAGUGUGGAGGCAGAAUUCCUCUCAACCAUUGCAAUAUUUUCGCCUUAACACUGUUACGUAUGGCACUUCUCCAGCGCCGUUUUCAGCAAUACGGUGUUUGAAGAUGUUGGGCGAUAUCUCCAAAGAUUCAUACCCUACGGGGUCAAAAAUUGUUCAUAACGAUUUUUAUGUGGAUGAUCUUUUAACUGGUGCCGAUGAAAUUGAAACCUUAAAAACUAUUCAAUAUGAAAUAGCAGAAGUAUUGAAACAGGGUGGGUUUCAGUUGGCUAAAUGGUAUUCAAACCAUCCAGAAUUGCACAAUGCUGAAAGUACAGAAAAAUCCAUAAAAUUAGAUGACUCAGACAGUACAAAAACUUUGGGAAUUUGUUGGCAGACGAAAGAAGAUACAUUUUCUUUCAAUCUGGAAGAUGCUUUCCAUGAUCUGAGAGCCACCAAACUAAAUAUUCUUUCAGUUUCUGCUCGUCUGUUUGACCCUUUUUUUCUAUUAUGCCCCAUCGUUACCAAAGCAAAAAUCUUAUUGCAAGAGCUUUGGAUUGCAAAACUUGAUUGGGAUGAGUCGAUUCCAUUGCGCCUUGAUACUUGUUGGCAAAACUUCAAAGCAAACCUCUCUCAGCUCUCCGAGAUAAAAAUACCAAUUUUUGUCGAAACCAAUUCGAAGGCAAAAAUUCAAAUUCAUGAGUUCGCCGAUGCAUGGAUGAGAGCUUAUGGAUGUUGCAUUUAUAUCCGAAGUCAAAGCACGGCAGGUAUCAAGUCCUUUAAAAACUAA